AUGAAAGGGUUUAUUUUAGUAUGUUUUUAUGCAAGCCUAGUAUGUGCGAAGCCAUUGAUAAAAACACCUUUAUAUGAUCCCUUUUGGGACAACCUGAAUAACCAUUGUGGAUCAGAACUGGCUGACGAAUUAGAAGGGAUAUGUCAAGGCAAAUACAAUGAGUUGCCAGUUGGUGUAUCUCAAUCAAUAGUACAUCGUCGAAAAAUGGGUAUACCGCUUAUAACAGAGGAGUGCUGUUAUAAUCCAUGUACCCGACGGACAUUAAAGGAAUAUUGUGCACCAAGUCAACAAUAGAAUCCAAAUGACAGUCAAUUAUUUUUUUUAAUUGAAA